AUGGGCGAUAGGAAUGGUGGACCCAUAAGCCGGCGCACUGGUAGAUCUUUUGAUUAUUUUGGAUGGUAUGCUGGGGAAAGGAUUCAAGCGCCUGUGACUAUCAUUUUGGCUGCGCCACAUCUGCUGUUACCAUAUGAAGAUGUGAAGAGGCUCGGUGAACAUCUCGGAGCAGUGGAAGACUCCAAAUAUUCUCACCGCUUAGACUGUAAAUUGUUGAAUCUGACAAGUCUGGAUUUGUUCUAUUUCACCGGAGCUGAGAUUCAGGUUCCCGUACGAGACUUAUUCAGGCAGAAGAACGGACAGUGCCACCUAUCGCUUAAUGUUGCUGAUACCCCCAGUGAAUUGGGUUUAGAUAUACUCAAAAGUGUGUAUUUGGUGGUAGAUUUGUUACAACUUGUUGUUGGAAUGGGCGAAGUUGCCGUUUCGCCCAGGAAGUGCACUAUCGAGGAAAUGAAACUUACCUUUCCAAUAUCUACUCCUACGUACUUGCAAUACACUUGCCGCAGUGAGAUAUUCCAUUUUAGGAUGGGUAUGGGCAACUCAUUCCCGUGA